AUGCUUCAGAAAGCCGGAUUUUCACGGAUAUGUGAAGGCCGUGAAGAAAUUACCGAUGAGAAACUCCCUUCUAUUUGGCCACACCACUGGAGCGAUGGUGAAAUACCAUAUACCUUUAAUUACUAUUCUUUAAGUCCCAAGCGCUUGAUAAGCAUCGUGAAAAAGGGUAUAGAUUACAUAGAAGAACGGUCUUGUCUGAAAUUCAGAGAAUACAAUCCUUUGGAAUUGUUGGGAAAAGUGAAUUAUACAUUUCUAUUCUACAGUUACUCGGAUGUAUUGGAAAGUUGUUGUAUGCAAUUUUUCACGAUGCCGUACGGAAGGAGGCAAGUACUAAUAACUCCGAUUUGUACGUUACCGGCUGAAGUAGCUCACACCACACUCCAUGCUAUGGGGUUACAACACGCGAGGCGUUCACGAUUUUCUCCCGUGUUAGCGGAUGCCGUACUUUUUCCCAGAAAAUGUAAAAAACAGAUGGAUAUAAAAGAUUUAGAAGAUAAAAAUUAUAAGCGUUAUUUACUUAGUUAA